GAGAAUUCAUUAUUCAUCAACUCCCUAAUCCUUCCAUUUCCUUUUCUAUUUCUAUUUCCACUCUUCAUUUUUCUCCUCAAAGCUUUCAUCAAUGGAAGAUUUUGCUUCUCUUUGGAGUUAUCAUCAAGAGGGUUUUCAUUGAAAGAUUCAAUUUUUUCAUCUGGGUUUCAAUUUGUUUCUGUAAUCUCACUUCUGGGUGUUUCAAUUUCAGAGAGAAAAAAGAAAACGACAACAAACAAAUAAACUCUCUGUUCUGUUCUGUCUCAAUGGGAAUCUCUGUCUGUACCGACAUCUUGAUUUGGCUGGAUUCAAACCUUUAACCUUUUCGUUGUUGUGUUCUUAACUUUGCAGGGUAUAGAUGAGCUAAAACAGAAGCUAUUAUGCACAACAAUUGAGCUAGAAUCAGUCAAAAUGGAAGCAAAUCAAGAGAUGAUAAAGAACAAAGAGAAUGUAAAGAAUCUAUUGAAUCUUCUUCAAUUAGCUUAUAAAGAAAGAGAUGAAGCCAAGAAUCAACUCCAUAAAGUAUUGAAUAAACUCCAUUAUUAUCAACCUGAAAGUCCUUUGGUUAAAGCAAAUUCCAGCAUCACAGAAUCCAAUAGCCUCUCAGCUGAUAAUAACAACAAUAAUACCUUUAAUACUGCCUUGGGUUCGCCCGUCGUCGAUUCGUUCUUCGACGCCGUUUCGUCGCCUGAUUUUUCGAGCUUCAAUGUGGGGGAUUCUCAUAAUGUGGAUCAAUGUAGUUUGGUAAUUGAGAAUAUUGUGAAGGGGAAGAAGUUGCCAGAGAAAGGGAGGUUGCUGCAGUCUGUUAUGGAAGCCGGGCCGUUGCUUCAGACGUUACUUGUGGCCGGGCCGCUGCCUCGGUGGCGGAAUCCGCCACCGUUACAGCCUUUCAAAGUCCUACCACCUGUUUUGAUUAAUACUCCUAGAAUGUGUUCAAGUUCUAUGUUGAAUUUCUCUACAGAUUCUUGUUGUUUCAACCAAAAUGGAUUGGUUUCAGCAAGUCCUAAUUCUCCAACUUUUGGCUCUCAAUUUUACUCUAUAAAGAGACAGAGAUUACAUUGAGAUGAUUCAUACUCAUAUUCUAUUGUAAAAACUGAAGUUCAAGGAUUUGGUUGGUUUCAUUUGUAAAUGAUGUUAUAGUUUUUGCUUUUGGAAAUCCAAUUCCAAAUUUGUUUUUUCUCA